GCUCAUAACGCUGCGUAUCGAGACAGUGUACGCGGUGCGGUGUUGUGCGGUGCGGUGCGGUGUUGUGGUGUGCGGUGCGGAGCGGUGCGGAGCGCACGUUAACGUUAUAGCGUUCAUUCGACGCGCGCUUACGGCCGCGCUGUAAAGUGAAGCGGCGGAUGCUCAGAGGGAUAUAUAUUCGGAAUUCGGCUCAUUUUCGCAAAUGAAAAAGGAAACAUGGAGCCAAGCCUGGCCUUAUUGCUCACCAGCUUCCUCGGCUGGUGCUCGUGCUCGAGUUUCCCAAGUAACAUUAAUAUAGGCGGUUUGUUCCCGACCGACUCGCACGAAUAUGAGGUGUUCCGAUUUGCGCUCUCUCAGCAGCAUGAGCUCCCCAAACUGGUGCCACAAGUGGACAUGGUGGACGUGGGCAGCAGUUUCGCCAUGACAUACGCAUUUUGUUCCCAGUUCUCUAAAGGAGUCUACGCCAUCAUCGGUCUGUACGACAAGAAGACCAUGAACAUGUUGAUGUCGUUCUGUGGGGCUCUGCACGUCUGCUUCGUCACACCCAGCUUCCCAAUCGACACCAACAAUCAGUUUGUAAUCCAGCUCCGGCCCCAGCUCCAAGAUGCUCUGAUUGGCCUUGUGGAUCACUACAAGUGGACCAAAUUCGUCUACAUGUAUAGUUCAGAUUCAGGACUGACUGUGUUACAGAAGAUCCUGGACACUGCUGCAGAGAAGAGCUGGCAAGUGACAUCCAUCAACUUUGAUACUCUUACAGAGGCAGCAUUCCUUAACUCCAUUCAGGACCUGGACACCAAAAAAGAAAACAAGAUCAUUCUGGACUGUGAGCUUGAGAGACUUAACUCCAUUCUUAACCUGAUUGCAGCACAAAGAAAGAAUCUAAAGAAUUAUCACUUCAUCCUGGCAAACCUGGGCUUUCUGGACCUGAAUUUAACAGAGUUCAGGAAAGGUGGAGCCAACAUCACAGGAUUGCAGCUAAUGAACUACACAGACCCUAGGGUUAGCAGGACCAUCGACGACUGGCUGGAGUUUGACAGCAAAGACUUGAAGAGCCCUAAGAGGAGACUCAAGUACACAGGAGCUCUCACCUAUGAUGGUGUGAGCGUCAUGGCUACUGCUUUUCAAAACCUGAGGAAGCAGCGUAUCGACAUCUCCCGGCGGGGGAACGCAGGCGAAUGUCUGGCCAAUCCUCCAGCACCGUGGGGCCAAGGCAUCGACAUCCAGAGAGCCCUCCAACAGGUGCAGUUUGAAGGUCUAACAGGACACGUCCAAUUCAACGAGAAAGGGCAUCGAACUAACUUUACAGUCAGUGUAAUGGAGCUCGUCCAGAGUGGACCCAAGAAGGUGGGCUACUGGAACGAAAACGAGAAGUAUGUGAGCACGGCGACGUACGCCCCCUUGCUCAACGAGACGUUCGGCAUGCACAAUAGGACGUACAUAGUCACCACCAUUCUAGAAUCUCCCUAUGUGAUGCUGAAGAAAAAUCACGAGCACCUGUCAGGGAACGAUAAGUAUGAAGGAUACUGUGUGGAGCUGGCUGCCGAGAUCGCCAAACACGUAGGCUACUCCUACAAGCUGGAACUCGUACCAGACGGCAAGUACGGAGCCCGAGACCCCGAUACCAAAAUGUGGAACGGGAUGGUUGGAGAGCUGGUGUACGGGAAAGCUGACAUAGCUGUGGCGCCUCUCACCAUCACCCUGGUCCGUGAGGAGGUCAUCGACUUCUCCAAGCCCUUCAUGAGCUUGGGCAUUUCUAUAAUGAUCAAGAAACCCACCAAAUCCAAACCAGGCGUCUUUUCCUUCCUGGACCCGCUGGCGUACGAGAUCUGGAUGUGUAUCGUGUUUGCGUACAUCGGCGUUAGCGUGGUCCUGUUCCUGGUGAGCCGCUUCAGUCCGUAUGAGUAUCACGGCGAUGAAUCAGAAGAAAGUGGCGAGCAGCAGAGCCAGAACCGGACGCCGUCUCCGGAACCCGGACAGUCGCAGGGACAACAAGGCCAGAGCCCCAGCCAGCAAGACAAGCAGGAGAAAGCACCCGAAUACAACAAUGAGUUUGGGAUCUUCAACAGUCUGUGGUUCUCUCUUGGUGCCUUCAUGCAGCAAGGCUGCGAUAUUUCACCAAGAUCACUCUCUGGUCGUAUAGUUGGAGGCGUCUGGUGGUUCUUCACCCUCAUCAUCAUCUCCUCCUACACGGCCAACCUGGCUGCCUUCUUGACUGUAGAGAGGAUGGUGUCACCCAUCGAGAGCGCAGAAGACCUGGCCAAGCAGACAGAGAUCGCCUACGGCACCUUGGAUGGAGGAUCAACCAAAGAGUUCUUCAUGAGAUCAAAAAUAGCCGUAUUUGAGAAGAUGUGGUCCUACAUGAAGUUUGCAGAUCCCUCAGUGUUUGUAAAGACCACCGACGAGGGAGUGAAGAGAGUGCGCAAGUCCAAAUACGCUUAUCUGCUGGAGUCCACCAUGAACGAGUACAUCGAGCAGCGUAAACCCUGCGAUACCAUGAAGGUGGGCGGAAACCUUGACUCAAAGGGGUAUGGGGUCGCCACUCCUAAAGGAUCUGACUUAAGAAACCGAGUAAACCUGGCAGUGUUAAAACUGAACGAGCAGGGCCUGUUGGACAAAUUGAAAAACAAAUGGUGGUACGACAAGGGCGAGUGCGGCAGCGGGGGAGGUGAUUCCAAGGAUAAGACCAGUGCCCUGAGCCUCAGUAAUGUGGCAGGGGUUUUCUACAUCCUGAUUGGAGGACUGGGGCUAGCCAUGUUGGUGGCCUUGGUCGAGUUCUGUUACAAGUCCAGAAUCCAGUCUCGGAGAAUGAAGCAAAUCAUCGAUGCAGCAAUGUUGGGCUCCAGCCUGAGCCGCAUGGGCAGCGGAGGUGAGAACGGCCGUGUGGUGGCUCACGAUUUUCCCAAAGCGGCACAGACUCUGCCCUGCAUGGGCCAAGCAGCCGGCAUGGGAAUCAACACUGGCGGCAUGUAAAUGCCCCUGGACAGAAAACGCAUAAAAACACGUGAACUUCAGCCAAAAGAAGGACUAACUCGUUUUACACUCUGAACUCACGAUGAGAGAACAGAAUGGGCGGAAAUCUUUUUCUAAUAGACGUUUGAUGAGUUUUUUGCUUAUCUGGUGCAAUAAGGAACCUGAAUGGGAGUUUUUUUGUAUGAAGCAUCGUUUUCUUCGGAGACUUUAACACCGAAGCUGGAUAAAUAGUGACACUUGCACUAUGACUACAACACUAUGUACGACUUUUGUUUGGUCUCGUUUGAUUUGUCAGUGUCUUGAUGACGACGAUCCUGUUAUUUUGUUUCUUGUUGACCUGCUCGUGUAUAGUUCCUUCCCCCUGAAACCCCCAUGCUGAUGAAGUAUGAUGCAUUUGUUUGUCUCAUCACCCUCAUUAAAGUCACCAGCCAAACCCCCUCCGAAGCCCCGAUGAGAUCCCUCCAGAAUGAAAAAAAAACAGGAGCUGAUCGCUCGCACUUGUCAUAUCCUGUGCUCUGUCUCCUUCUGCCCUGGCGUACAUGAUGAAUCACCUGCUCGCAGUCUCCGAGCUGUGAUUAGAUCUCGGAGAAAGAGCAAUCUAGAGAGCAUGUGAAAGCGUAGGAGAGUCAGAGCCCAAGCUAAGACAAAAAGACAAAAAAAAACAGCGCAUUCAAAUGUUUUCAUCCAGCAUUUUUUCCACGUGUUGUUUACAUUUUUUCACGCUUGAGCAAAGUUUUACGAGCGUGUCCAUCCCAGAGUGCUCUGUAAUGUGUUGGAAAGACCGAGCGUGCGACUGGAGAUGUGCAGAAAACCGCUGAAGGAAAUGGGAUGAAUUGGACGCUGUUGAUGCAAUACCUUGAAAACACUUAGGAAAUACUGCCUUUAGCAGCAUCAGGAGUAAUGAUUGAUGUGAGUUAAAUAAGUAGCUCCAUCAAAUUUUUUCAAAGAUUUUAUUCCCACAUAUUACAGUGGACACAAAGGCUAAUAGUAGCAUCCUAAGUCUUAUAUUCCUUAAACCUCAAACCAAAUGCUUUACGACGUUUAAAUUGGUCACGGUUCGAGGGGUGCGUCACAAAUCGAAUACUUAUUCACUAUUCAACACUGUUCUGUAGUAUAAUUAGAGAAAAUCCUAACUUGCGUAGAGGAAGGGGCGGGGCUAGGAGACACGGCCGCUGGAUGAGAAAAAAUUUUCAACAUGGCCAGCAAAGCUCUUUAUUUUUUCAACAUUUUUUAAAUUGUGCUACAUAGAACGACGCCGUAAAGCACAAGAGAUCAUUUUGCACAACUGCAACGUCACGUCACCUUUUCAGCUUUCUAGCCUCAGAUCAUCAGCAACCUUCUGUAAGUUUCCUCUAUAAACUCUACGGCACACUGUAGCCACAACGCAGUGGAGGCCACGUGGUUACGAUACCUGUAGAAUAGAUCGUUUCCUUUUUUUUAUACCGGCAUUGAUUUUUAAAAAAGGAAAAAAGAAAAGAAAUAAAUACACAUAUAAAUAACGUCAUUUCCACUAACAAGAAAAAAGAAUAUGAUGUCGUACAUUUGUGGUGGUUUGAUAGAUUGUUUUCAUUUAUUUUUGCUCCUGUAUUUAUGGUGCAGUUUUUAUC